GGUGAACGAGGAUCGCCUGGAAUGGUUGGUGAACAAGGGUUGCAAGGAGUAGUUGGUGAAAGGGGGUUGCAAGGUCCUGUGGGACCAAAAGGUGACGUAGGUCAAUGUGAUCCGACUUGUAGAACGGAAUACAACCAACUGAAUGAGAGGGUGCAAAGGUUGGAACGAUAUGUUGAAGAAUCUUCGGUCUCAAGUUGCAAGGUAGCACUGACUUUGGAUUUUAUUAAAAAUGGGAUAUAUUCCAUAGUCAACCCGAGGAACGGUCAACGUAUGGAGGUUUACUGCGAUCAAACAACAGACAACGGAGGUUGGUUGGUUUUUCAACGAAGAACUGACGGGUCUGAAAACUUCCAUCGAACUUGGGCAGAAUAUCAAGAAAAAUUCGAAAAUCUAAGCAACGAAUUUUGGCUUGGUUUGUAUCAAAAUAUACUGUGUUUCAAUUUCUGUUUUUAGGUAUUAAAAAAAACAUACAUAAAAUAGAAACAGUACAUUUUGAACAGGUAAAAAAU